AUGCGUAAAUCAUUGGCGACUGGAACGGGUUCUGCCCCAAAUACGCUCCAACGAAGAGAUGGUGUUGGCACAUUUGAAGUUGUCCUUUUCUAUAAUGGGAUAGUAAAUAGGGUUGGUGAAGUUAAAUAUUUGGGUGGUGAUGUAGAACUGUAUGAAAGAAUGGAAGCUAAUGAAGUGUGUCUAGAUGUGUUGAAGGAUAAGAUAAAACAGUUAGGGUAUAGUGAGACAAUGAGGUACAGAGAUUGGGAAGAUGAGAUUGAGGUACAGAGAUUGGGGGUAGAUGAGCAGGUUGAUGUAGGGACUGGGGAUGAUGGCCAAGUUGUUGAUUUCACUGUAGAGGAUGAUAAAGUAUAUGAGCAGGUUGAUGUAGCUCAAACAAAGAAAAAGGUUAAGAAUUUGGAUGACAUCUUCUUUUCUGAUGAGGAGUCAGUAGUGGAUUCUGAUAGUGAUGGUGAUGGGGAAAGCAAAUGGCCCAUAUUUAGAGCUGCAACAGACAUGAAGGACCCCCAUUUCACUUUAGGCAUGACAUUUGCUUCAAAACAACAGUUUAGGGAAGCAGUUCAAAAUUAUGCUUUCAAUAAUGGCAAAGAAAUUAGAACUCUAAAAAAUGACAAGGAAAGGGUCAUUGUUAAGUGUACACAGGAGGGUUGCCCUUGGAGAAUAGGGUUGAGGAAAGUAAUAGGGUCAUUUGCAUGGAGGAUUUUGAACAUGGUAGAUGAACAUGAAGGUUGUUCUUGGGAUUGGGAGAACUCAAUGGUGAAAUCAAGUGUUGUUGCUAAGAGGUGGGCAACUCAAUUAAAAGAUCACCCAGAUUGGAUGAUGAGAAAGUUCAAACAUAAGGUUUGCACAGAGGAGGGAUUUUAUGUGAGUGAUUCACAAGCAUAUAGGGCUAUUUGGAAGGCAAAGAAGAUAAGAGUAGGUGAUGAGGAAGCCAACUUCAAAAAGAUUUGGAGUUAUAGAGAAGAAGUCUUGACAACAAAUCCCGAGUCAUCAUGUCUUGUUAAGUUGAGUGACUUAAAAGAUGGAAGUGGGCAGGAAAGAUUUCUGAGAAUGUAUGUUUGUUGGAAAAGCAGCAAGGAAGGCUUCAGGAUGUGUAGAAGACUGAUUGGGGUAGAUGGUUGUCACCUUAAAUAUGAAACUGGAGGGAUGCUUCUGACUGCUGUGAGUAUAGAUGCAAAUGACUGUAUAUUUCCAUUAGCUUAUGCUAUUGUGGAAGGAGAGAAAAAGGACUCUUGGAUAUGGUUUCUAAGGCUGUUGAAAGAUGAUAUGCAGAUAAGUGAUACAGAGGAGGAUGAGUAUUGCUUCAUAAGUGACAAACAGAAGGGUCUAAUUCCAGCCUUUGAUGAAGUGCUACCUGGUGUGGAAAACAGAUUUUGUGUGAGACACCUACAUGCAAAUAUGAAGGUGGCAGGUUUCCAGGGUAAGGCUAUUAAGGAUGCAUUAUGGACUUGUGCUAGGGCAAACACUGUAAAUGCUUACACUGAUGCUUUGUAUAAACUAAGGAGAUUAGAUGAAGCUGCAUACCAAUGGUUAGGUGAUAAAAGCCCAACAGAAUGGUCUAGAUCCCACUUCUCUACAAAAUCCCAUUGCGACAUGUUAGUGAAUAACAUUUGUGAGUCUUGGAAUGCCUCUAUAAUGGAAGCAAGGGACAAGCCUAUCAUUGAGUGCCUAGAAAUUAUAAGGAAAAUGAUUAUGGCUAAGUUGUUUGAGAAUAUACAGAAAGCUGCAGAAUGGAAGUCCUUGAUAUGUCCUAAGAUUGUCAGGAAGUUGAAGCAAAUAGAGAAGGCUGCAUCUGGUUACUUAGCAACACAAUGUGAUUUCUUCAAGUUUGAGGUUAGACACUUAUAUGGGGAUCAACAACAAGUUGACCUUGAAAGAAAACAAUGUUCUUGUAGGAGGUGGGAGCUGACAGGCAUUCCAUGCAAGCAUGCAAUAUGUGCUAUAUGGAAAAAAUUUGGGAAAGGUGGAGUGUUUGACUUUGUCCAUCCAUGCUACUCAAAAGAAACAUAUAUGAAGAUAUACAGUGCAAGUAUCAACCCAAUGGCAGGUCCUGCUGAGUUACCUAGGGGUGAUACACCACCCCCAUUGCCACCCUUGUAUUCUGCCAAGGUUGGGAGGCCCAAAAAGUUAAGGACAAGAUCAGCUGCUGAGUUGACCCAAGAUGGAAAUAGAGUGUCAAGAAACCACAUUCAACUGCACUGUUCUGUAUGUAGGGAAGCUGGGCAUAAUGCUAGGAAGUGUCCAUCUAAUCCAAAUAAAAAGGUGUAG